AUGGCGAGCAGCACAUCCAUGGAUUGGGUGCCCAGUCUGCCGGCAGAAGUACUGACGUCGGUGACAGCACACUUGAGCCGCGGUGACGUCUCCAAGUCUUCUACUGUGAACAUGGCAUGGAGGGAGGCUUUUGGGCGCACAGUGCAGCGGCUAGAGCCUCAGGGAGCGCUGCAGCAUCCAGUGUGCCUGGCUGAACGCUUCCCAGAGCUGCAAGCUCUUUUCAUGGACGGCUGCGAAGGAGUCAACAUGACAAAUGAGCAGGUCACAGAGGCCGGCAGGCUGCGGUACCUCAAGACACUGUCCUUGGCAGGCUGCCGUGCCUGCACAGACAAAGGCCUUGCAGGCCUGGCUGUGAUUGAAGGGCUACAGAAGCUCAGCCUGAGCAAGUGCAAUGCACUGACCUCCCGGACGCUCGAUCUGCUGCAAACCUCCUCUUCACUGAUCUCCCUAGAUCUUGGGCAGUGCGCUUGGGUCGAUGACAGCAGCAUGGCGCUGUUGUGCAAUUCCGCCAGCCUCAAGCAAUUGUCAUUGGCAGAUUGCGUCCGCCUCACAAACAGAGGCGUACAGAGCGUUGCAAAGCUGAAGUGUAUCGAGGCGCUCAACCUCAGCGGGCUGAGAGAAAUUGACGAUGCUGGAGUUGAGGCGCUAGCAGCCGUCACCAGCUUGAGGGAACUAAACUUGGAUCGUUGCGGGCAAGUCAGGGGGCUGACUCUGGCAAAGCUGGGAGGUCUACACAAGUUGAGCAUGUGUGACUGCCCCUGCAUUGCGGAUGACAGUUUGGGUUGUCUGAGUGGAGUCACCAGCUUGGAAGACCUCAAGCUGGACAUGUGUGACAAAAUUACCGAUAAAGGCGCUGGGGCAUUGGCGAGCAUGUCUGCUUUGGAGGACUUGGAUCUGCACCGCUGCGAGCGGCUGGACUGCGAGGCCAUGCGCAGGCUGUCUGCAUUGGGACAGCUGCGCAGCCUCAGGCUGUCUGGCUGUGUCUACAUCAAGGCUGAAGGGCUCGGCCACCUGGCCAGAGGCUGCCCUCUGCUCAGCAGGUUGGACCUGGCGGGCUGCGUCGGCAUCAAGGAUGAGGGCAUGCAAGCUCUGGCCGAGAUGCAACACUUGCAGGCUCUGAAUAUCAACCAGUGCAAAUAUGUCAGCGACGCUGGCGCUGCCGUCCUGGCCACCUCGGUGUCAAUUAGGGAUGUUUUUGUGCUAACCACCAACAUUUCGCAGCAUGGGCUGCAGUUGCUGCAGGAUGCGCUAGGUCUGCAGCCAACCACCAUGAGCCCCUGUCAUCUGCUGCGCAGCACUUGA